AAAACUUUCAAGUUUAUAAAGAACUCUUCAAAUAAUCCUAAGGUUCCAAGUAUAAGGAAUGUUACACAAGACUUUGAUAUUCUGGAAAUAACUUUUAGACAAGCCAUUAAGAGUGAUGGUCCUUCUAACUGUUCAGAUCCCAAUAAAGUUCUAACAGACCACAAAGAAUAG